AUUAUCCGUCCCGUUCACCCAAAACCAAAAAGAAAAAAAAGAAAAGAAAAAAGAGGAACAUCGCCUUGGGAACCCAUCGAUAUCUACUCCCUUUUUCAUUGUAUCUAUUAUCGUUAUUUGUAUAACAAGAAACAACAAAAGUACCCUCACUAGUCUCUGAAAUCUGACAAUCAUGGUUAUCUAUCGCAAUAUUCACAACACUCAUCGACCUACCAAGUCGUCACUGACCCUGGUGAUCAAAGUCGGGACUUCAUCCAUUUGUGACGAGAAAACACAUUAUCCGUUGCUGGGCAAUCUGUCUCGCAUCGUCGAAACCAUCCUGCAACUGAAAAACAUGGGUCACCGCGUGGUGCUUGUUACCAGUGCCGCCGUAGGGACAGGGCUCCGACGCUUGAAUAUGAACGAAAAGCCAAAGAAGCUUUCGGGAAUUCAGGCUAUUGCUGCUGUGGGUCAAGGCCGGCUUAUGAGCAUGUAUGAUGAUUUGUUUGGUCAAUUCAACCAGCCCGUGGCUCAAAUCUUGUUAACUCGCAAUGACUUGGCCGACCGUUCGCAGUAUCUGAAUGCGGUCAAUUGUCUGGAACAACUGCUCGAUAUGAGUGUGGUGCCCAUUGUGAACGAAAAUGAUACCAUUUCAGUUUCGGAAAUCAAAUUCGGUGAUAAUGAUACAUUAUCUGCCAUCACGGCCGGCAUGGUGAAAGCUGAUUAUUUGUUCUUGAUGACUGACGUGGAUUGUUUAUACACGGAUAAUCCUCGUACGAACCCGAAGGCCAGGCCAGUAUUAGAAUGCGAUGAUAUUGAAGCAUUAAGAGAAGAGAUCACCGUGACAUCGCCCGGAUCUUCCCUCGGCACGGGCGGGAUGGUGACUAAACUGGUUGCGGCCGAUCUAGCCACAGCGGCCGGGGUAACGACGGUGAUUACACGCGGCGCGACCCCCGAAAACAUUAUACCCAUCAUUGCUGCCGAUGAUAAUCAAAAGGUGCCUCUCCAUACCCGAUUUGUGGCCAAACCUCAACCGCUCAUUGACCGCAAAUGGUGGAUUCUUCACGGGUUACACACCGCUGGGACAGUGGUGAUUGAUGCCGAUGUCGCUGGAGCCAUUGCCAAUGGUGCGACCCGACAGGGAGCCAGUGGUGCUUCACUGUAUGCACAUUCGGUCAAACGAGUCGAAGGUCAUUUUGUCGAACAUCAGGCGGUAAGGCUCGUUGUGCAGCAUACAACGGCCGAUGAUGUGACGGAUUUUAUCACCGUGGCCAAAGGCAUCGUCAACUAUUCAAGUGCAGAAAUUGUCCGCAUCAUGCGUGCACAACAAAAUGAUAUCGUGGAUUCCCUCGGCUAUGGUGAUGCUGACUGCAUCAUCCAUCGAGAUAAUAUGGCCAUCUCCAUCUAAUUUUUUUUUGUCUUUGCUUUUUAUCUGUAUGUCUCUUUUGUGUAUUAACCCUUUUAUUCUUCCCUUCCUGCACACACACACACACACACACACACCUUUUCCAUCCCCUUAUUUAUCAUCACCAUCUCUCUCUUUUUUUUCAUUGUCUCUUUUUCUCGCUACUUUUUGCUCUCCAUCAUUUAUUCCUCUCUUCCUAUUAUAAAAAUAAGUCGCUUUACCAUUCUUCAGAUGAUCAUGACUUUUCUGUCAGUUCAUUCACUGUCAUCAAGUUAAUCGCCAUGUUGACGAUUCGUCGUCCAAAAUCCUGAUGGCUAUAAAUAAUAGGACAGUGUAUUAC